AUGCCAGAAGAAUCGGUAGCUUUAGUGGUAGACAAUGGAAGUGGUAUGGUAAAAUCAGGUUUGGCAGGAGAUGAUGCACCUAAAUGUGUAUUUCCUUCAAUUAUAGGAAUACCUAAAAUGCCAAAUAUAAUGGUAGGGAUGGAACAAAAAGAAUGUUAUGUAGGUGAUGAAGCACAAAACAAAAGAGGAAUAUUAACAUUAAAGUAUCCAAUUGAACAUGGUAUUGUAACAAAUUGGGAUGAUAUGGAAAAAAUAUGGCGUCAUACAUUUUUUAAUGAAUUAAGAGUAUCUCCUGAAGAGCAUCCUGUUUUAUUAACAGAAGCCCCUUUAAAUCCUAAAACAAAUAGAGAAAAAAUGACUCAAAUAAUGUUCGAAUCUUUUGACGUUCCAGCUAUGUAUGUUAGUAUACAGGCUAUAUUGUCUUUAUAUGCUUCGGGAAGAACCACAGGCAUCGUUCUCGAUAGUGGUGAUGGUGUAACUCACACUGUUCCAAUUUAUGAAGGUUAUGUAUUACCACAUGCUAUAAAUAGAACAGAUAUGGCAGGACGAGAUUUAACUUAUUACAUGAUGAAGUUAUUCACUGAAAGAGGGUAUACUUUUACUACAACCGCUGAAAGAGAAAUAGUUCGUGACAUAAAAGAAAAAUUAUGUUAUGUUGCAUUAGAUUAUGAUGAAGAAUUAAAAAAAUCUGAAGAACGAUCUGAACAAGUUGAAGAGAUGUAUGAAUUACCUGAUGGAAAUUUAAUAACAGUAGGUAGUGAAAGAUUUAGAUGCCCUGAAGCAUUAUUUAAUCCAUCAUUAAUUGGCAGGGAAUGCCCUGGAUUACACAUUACAGCAUAUCAAAGUAUAAUGAAAUGUGACAUUGAUAUAAGAAAGGAAUUAUAUAAUAAUAUAGUUUUGAGUGGUGGCACAACUAUGUAUAAUUAUAUUGGAGAGCGAUUAAAUAAUGAAAUGACAAAUUUAGCACCACCAUCCAUGAAAAUUAAAGUUAUUGCGCCUCCUGAAAGAAAAUAUUCAGUGUGGAUAGGUGGAUCGAUUUUAUCUUCUCUUUCAACGUUUCAAAAAAUGUGGAUAACAAAAGAGGAAUAUGAUGAAUCUGGUCCAGGCAUUGUUCACAGAAAGUGCUUCUAA